CAUAUCGGUACAAGCAAAGUCACAAAUCGAGGAGAAAACUUCGUCAGUGCGAUUUUGCCCCACAAAAAUUGGCUCUCUUCUUCUUCUUCUUCUUCUUCUUCUUCUCUCUCACAUCAAUUUGUUUUUUUUUUUUCUGGGUUCGAUUGCAUUUGAUCUUUUUCGAGUUUCCGAUCACUGGGUUUUCCCGGUUUAAUCGGAAAAAUCCAGUGGAUCAGGUUUUUUUUUUGUUUUCCUUCUCUGCUUAUUAGUGUUUAUCUCUUUCUGUUUCUGGGUUUGUUGUAUCCGAUGACUCUUCCUGAGGAAGAAAAUCCGGUUCUUGAGCUGCGGAUGAGAGUCGAAGAAGAAGAAGACGAGAAGGGCUCUUAUGUGAAAUUGAGCGAGGGUUUAGAGAAAAGACAAGAAUCAGAGCUGGAGGAGACGGAAGAUGAAGGAAAGAGUGAUUCGUCGCCGUUUUGGUUUUGGGUCAAGCUUUCUGUUUUAUUCAUCGUUCUUGCUGCAUUGGCUAUCGUGGGUUACAUUUGGAUCGGUCCUUUAAUCAUGGAUAAGGAGCUUAUCCCUAUUAUACAAUGGGAGAUAAGGACUUUUACACACCCAGUUUGCGGUCUUCUUGUAUUUGCAUCCGUGGCGAUAUUCCCGACUAUACUUCUUCCAUCUACACCAUCAAUGUGGAUUGCUGGGAUGACUUUUGGUUAUGGCUAUGGGUUUCUACUAAUUAUCUCUGCUGCUGCUGUUGGUGUGUCGCUACCUUACUUUAUUGGACAACUCUUCUGCCAUAAAAUUCAAGGAUGGCUAGCAAGAUAUCCUAAUCAAGCAGCCGUUUUAAGAGCUGCCGGUGAAGGAAAUUGGCUUCACCAGUUCCGAUUAGUAACCUUAAUCCGGGUUUCUCCAUUUCCUUACAUUCUUUAUAACUACUGUGCUGUAGCAACUCGUGUUAAGUACGGUCCUUACAUAACUGGAUCUCUCAUAGGCAUGGUGCCUGAGGUUUUUGUCGCUAUCUAUACAGGGAUUCUUGUAAGGACAUUAGCAGAAGCAUCUUCUGCAGAAGAGCAGGGUCUCUCGGUCACACAGGUUAUUCUCAACAUAUUCGGCUUUUUAGCAACAGUGACUACAACGAUUCUCAUCACAAAGUAUGCGAAAAGACAGCUGGAGACUAUGAAGAAAGAGGAGGAAGCAUUGUUGCAGUAAAAACUGUAAAAAACCCACGUGACAAACUCUGAGCUGCUUUUAAGUCUCUUCUGCUUUCUUUUGUAUCUGAAACAUGUCUUGUCUCCAUGCACAGUACAGGUCUUAUUCCAAGAUGUGAAAGAGCUUUGGUUAUUUUUGUCCUUGGUUCUUCUUCUUCAUCUAGUUUCAUUAACCAGCUUUAAAUCAGAAGGAAAAAGAAAGGGUUAACAAGUAUGAACAGAGGAAUGAAAAGCUAACAAUGUUUUUUUUUAAAGUGUAAUUAUUGUAGUCAAUUUGACAUGAAUGAGAAGAAUCUUGUAUUGAUUCAUCUUUCUUUUUUAACUUUGUGGUGGAUACUAAUGGUUACUUUUUGUUGUCUGUCCAAUCAAAACAAUGUUACUUAAAGCUUGUCAGAGUGACGUUUAAUA